AUUAGCAUGACUCAUGCAUGGAACGUCAACCCUGCACACUAACAGAUACUGAUUAAAUACGUCGGAGCCUGUCGAAUUUAGUUAAUCUACUCGCUGGGUUGAUGGGCCAAGCGAGUCGGCUGAGAGGCAAUGAAUCCUGACGUUGCAUUUGAGAUAGAUUUUUAUUCGCUGGUUCUCGCCAACAAAAGCUAGACAAACUGCACUGCCGAGGAGGGUGUGACCAGAGGGUACUCGAGUCCAAAAAUAUGGACUCGUGGAAGCCCUAGUGUGUGUACAUAUGUCCGACAACCUUCGUCUCUGGCACAACUGCUGUUAUGAAGCUACCAUGGCAGCCUCAGUACCAGAUCAAUCGGUCGUCAAUACACAUCGAGAUGAUUUUCUGACUUGUGGUGUCUGCCUCGAGGUGUUCAAAGAUCCCAGAAUCCUACCUUGCCUGCAUACGUUCUGUUUCAAGUGCAUAUCCACCUGUAUGGAAUCAUGUCAGUCUGGCAACAGCCCUGCACUCUGCCCCCAGUGUCGGGAACCCUUUCCAGAAGAGACAAGUUGCCUCAACCAAAAUGUCUUUAUCAGUGGACUCACACGGCUGGUCGAAUUUAAGGCAGUGAAGAAGGAUGAAUGCACACCAUGUGGUCUACAUAACAGUGUCUCACCAGCAUUAAGGAGAUGUCUACACUGUGGAGAUUACCUCUGUUCCUCCUGUUCUGGUGGGCACACUGCUUCCUCUCUAACACUCCACCACCAGACAGUACCUCUGAUAGAAAUCAGACAAGGGAAAUAUGACGCAAAACUUAGACAGUUGCAGAGGAUUCCCUGCCAGCACCACAAGGAAAAAGAUGUGGUGUACCUUUGUCAAUCGUGCUGUCAGCCGGCCUGCAUAUCAUGUGUUGUAAUUGGUCACAAGGGUCAUACCAUUCAACCAAUAGCUGAAGCUGCACACCAGCUCCAAUCAACAAUGAAGUGUUUGGUGGAAACCAUUAGAGAAGACAUGACAACAAUAAAGGUUCAAGAGCAGAAUAUAUUGUCCUUGGUAAAAGCAGGCAAAGCGAAAAAGGAAGCAAAGAAACGUUUAAUUGAAGAUAACGCUCAACAAGAAAUUGCUGUAAUAAAUGCCAGAAAAUGUGAGUUAUUGAAAAAAGUUAAUGAUGACUGGAAAUUUGCAGUAAAGGAACAGGAGAGCAAGUUGGAGAAGGUUGUGUGCCAGAAAGCUGUGGCAAGCAGUUGUGUUGACUUCUGUGGGCGCAUCCUAGAGAAGGGCAAGGACUAUGAAGUGGUGAUGCUGGAAACAGUGAUCAUAGAGAGACUACAGACAAUACAGAGCCUGCUGCCUGGGAUUAGACCAAACCAGGUUGAGCAAGAAAAGCACUGUCAAGUUGUUUCUCAGAUAAGUUCCCCAAAAGGUGGCAAAUCAUCGGAUGUUGUGUUAACUCAUGGAACUUCCCAGAAGAGCAUAUACACCACACCUGCACUGAGAAGUGUCUUCAGUGGGAAGUCAAAACAUGAUAUGAAAAAACCUGACAUCAAAGAUAUGACCUACAGCUCUAGGAUCGGACUGAUACUCUCAGAUAGAGCCAACAAGAAGCUUAAAGUCCUGAACACUCGUGGUGACUUACAGCGAGAAAUCAUCUUUGAGGGAUUUAAUCCAUUUGCUGUUUCUGCUGCUGGGGAUGAGAUACGAGCCAUCAGUGGAAACUGUCUUUGGUUGAUAACAGCAUCUGGGUGUCUAAAGGAGAAGAUCCAAGUUGAUAAAGAGAAACCCGAUGAAAGUCAAUGCUUCACAUAUUGCCUUGCUGCUUCUGAGAGAGUUGGGUAUGUUGUGGGAAAUAUUCCUGGAGUGAAAGGACUUUAUCUCUAUAAUUUGGAUGGAACUCAGCGAACAUUUGUUUACUUUCAGGUACAUUUUCCCCUUGCGGCUCUGUCGCUCAGUCCGUCAGCGGACAUCAUCCUCAGUGAAUGGGGAAGCGGGAGUGUCACCAUUUUAUCCGCCAAAGGAAGAUUAAGAUGGCGGGGCUCUAGUCCUGGCUGGAAACCAAAUGGCACUUGUGUGGUAGAGGAUGGAACAAUAUUUGUAGCUGACUAUAUCUGGGGAGGUCUGCGUGCGUACAAUAAAAGUGGUGAGAGUGUUCUACAGUACAGAACCACAUCUGACGGCUUGAAAAACCCCAAGUGCCUUGUUACUACUGACAAGGGUCUGCUAUGUGUUGCGGGAAAGGAUCGUGUAUGUGUGUAUGAUAUCCAAAGGAAAUAACCAUCUGUAAAAUACUGAAACAGAUAAAAACAUUGGCCUAUAUUGACAUUGUCUCCAGAUGUGGCCUAUCAGGAUAUUUCCAGCUUGUAAUGUGCAAGAAUUGUUUGUCUUGUUUGUUUGUUGUUUUACGCCGCACUCAGCAAUAUUCCAGCUAUAUGAUGGCGGUCUGUAAAUAAUCGAGUCUGGACCAGACAAACCAGUGAUGACAUCAUAAGCAUCGAUCCACGCAAUUUGGGAUACGAUGACAUGCGUCAACCAAGUCGGCGAGCCUGACCACCCGAUCCCGUUAGUCGCCUCAUACGACAAGCUUUAUCUUUCAUGUCAUAAAAACUACAAAGACAGAAGUUCUCAACAAGCAUUAAGUUUUCUAUAAGAAAUGACCCUUUAUACUUGUUUCCAUAGUUUUAAAUUUGGACGAGGUCAUGUGACAUUUACACCAGGAAAGUAAACAAGCAGACGAUAGGUGUGCCGUCGAUUUACAACGUGUGAAUUUAUUACCAUUGACAUUUUAUUGGGGCUAAUAAAGUUACAUUAGUGAUCUAGGGUAAAAAAGAAGUUGCCUGCUGAAUAUGAGCUAUAACUUACGUUUGGUAACUUGACACGAAGCAUUUUGCGGUCCAAGCAAAUGAAAGUGGUGUUGCCAGAAUAUCAAAGCCGCAGGUACCGUAAUGUCUCGUUACAUAUCGCGAGAAUUAUCAUUCAAAAUGGCCGAUCGAAGUUACAUGUCGAUAGAACUCGCGAAUUAAACAAUAAUUGUCGCUGCCUGA